AUGUACCUACAAUAUGCCCCUAAUGCAACAAUUGCAACGGUCCCACAGAUAUUUGCUACAUCUUCUUUACUUCGCGCCUAUAAUUAUUUCCCUGGUCAACCAACCGGAAGGUUCUUCCCUUCAAUCAUCAGUGCCAACCUACCGCAAUCCUAUGUUAGCACUGUAUGCGAAUUGAAUACUAUAAUGGGGGAAGAUGAUAAUCGCCCUAUACACUUCCCAGACAGUUAUUUUGCCGACUUCUUCUAUAACGAGACGUCAUAUCUAGAGCAAUAUCCAGUGUUGAAUAUACCCAAUACUACCGCCCGUACAACAAUUUCUAGGAGAGAUAUUUGGGAACAAAACAUACAAUCUCGGAGAGGCCAAAUAAUAUGGGUGGACGGGGGUGUAGAAGUGGCUUCCCCCAUCCCUGGAACCACACCAGCUGCCAUAGUUGUUCACCCUGAACCUUGCAGGUCUGUAAACGGCUCUGCGUUUCUCUCAGUUUCGGCAUGCGUCCUUGGAGCACGAUGGACGAACACGACUGUGAAAUAUACCAGGACCAAACAAUAUGACGAGAAAGCCAAAUUGGAAAAUGAACUCACGCCUGACUCUCUCGUCUUUACCCCUGACUGGAGGGACACAUCACAAUUGAUAAAUAUGCCCGAAGAAUGGACCAAUACGACGGUUGGGGUGACGCGCAUGUUCAACCUCACACGGGCGACGGAUAGGCUAUACCAUUCCCCCUCGUUCGAAUCCGUUCGUAUCGAGAAUACAGCCGACAAGUUAUUGAAGUCCCUGCCCAUGACGGAUAUUAUCUGCCCUGUGAACGGCACAUACAGUGGUAACCACCGCCCCGUGAUGCAUGAAGCUGUCUUAUCGACGUUGGUUGCAAAUGCUAUAUCAUAUCAUCACUGUAUUGUCGAACCCAGUUUUCUUUGGAGCUCAGGUUGGAGACCGGCCAUAAAUGACCGCGAUAGCUCUAUACCAAUCGAACCACCGAAGACGACUUUUACCUUCCGUUACGUCACAAGUGGAUAUGCAUGGACAAUGCACGGGACGUCUAUCAAAUUAUCAAUUGCUAUCCUUGGUUUAUACUGCAUUUUUGGACUCACGUACGGGGCAUAUUCGCUGAUAUCAAAACGAAGCUCGCUUGCAUGGGCUUCCAUCUCCGGCCUUGUUACAUUGGCAAUGAACUCAACGCCGACUAAAAGCUUGAAAAAUACAGGAGCUGGAGUUGGUACCACUGACAUAUUCAGGAGGCUAAUCAAUGUCAAGGAACAAGGGAGCAGCAGAAAAAUUGAAUUAGUUUUUGAAAAAGAUGUAAAGGAGGACCAGUCGCGCGAUAAUAUUGAAUACCGGAAUAUUAUAGCAGGGAGAGCAUACUCAUAG